AUGGCGAGUUUCAAGAUUUGGGCUCUUCAAGUCAUCACUGAGAAAGGAAGCCUCAAGCGCAUACGCAGUGAUCAUGGGGGAGAAUUUCAGAAUGAGGUGUUAUAUUCUGAAAUGACAAGGAUCAACUUGGAAAGUUCGACUCAAGGAGUGAUGAAGGCAUAUUUCUGGGUUAUUCAGGCAAUAGUUCAGCUACAGAGUCUUCAAUCUUCGGUCCAAGAUGAUUAUGGAGUCGGUCAAUGUGUUUUGAUGAUCGAUCAAUUGCGGCCAUGGGAGACUCUCCAAUGUAUUAUGAUCCAGAAGUCAGGCGAAGCAGAAGACAGAAAGCAGAGAAGAGAAGUUGAAGAAGAAAGAAUGAAGAGGAUUCAAUGA